UUCCAACUCCUCAGCAGUCAGCACAAAAAGAAGAAGAUCACUAUUCACGUGCCAAUUCACAAGAAAGUUGAAAAGCACACGCACACCGUGAUCAAGCAUAUACAUCAUCAUCACAAACCGAUUGUCAUCAAGGAAGAGAAAGUCAUACACGAGGAACAUCAUCCGAUCAUACACAAGGAACAUAUCUCUCACGAACAUAAGCAUCAUCACGAGGAGAAGCACGAGCAUGUGCAUCCAAUUAUAGAAGAGGAGGAAGAGCAUAUACACCACCACCAUCAAUAUGAGCACAAAGAGGAGAGCCACGAGAGUUGAAUGUGAAAAAGGGGAAGCGAAGAGCAUCCAGAAGAGCCAUGAAGUGAUGUAGGUUUAAAAUAUUUUAAUUAAUAAAAUUUUAAGGUAUUAAAAACUUUGGCUAACGAUGCACGAAAAAUAUUUUUAGUACAAAAUUGGUUAUAGAUAUAGUUUUAUAAAA